GGGCUUUUGGGUUUCCUUGGCGACGGGAAGUGAAGGCGGGCAGGAUCCCUCUCUGACAUGGGCAGCCGCCGCCGCUGCAAGACUCGGGCUCAGCUGCUGCUUUUGCCAACACUGCUGCUGUCAAAAGGGUAACAAUAAGCGCAGAAGGCCGAGUGGCUGAGGAGGAGGAGAAGGCGGCAAGGGGAGCAGGGGCAUAUUAAGAACAAUCUAUAAUACUAUCAAUGAGAGAAGACGUAUAACCUCUGCUCAGACAUGAGCAGUGCUAGUAACUCACUGGCACGUGAAUUUUUGUCAGAUGUCAGCCAUCUUUGCAAUGCAGUGGACCAAAGGGUGGAAGCCAGGGAAGAGGAAGAGGAGAAAACACACAUAGCAGCACUUGGGCAAUACCUUGUCAAAGGACGCGGAUUCAUUUUGCUUACUAAACUCAAUUCCAUUAUUGAUCAGGAGCUGACCUGUCGGGAAGAUCUCCUUACUCUCCUCCUGUCGCUUCUACCACUAGUUUGGAAAAUACCUGUAGAAGAAGAAAAGGCAAUAGAUUUUAAUCUGCCCUUUUCUGUCAAUAUAUGCUUGACCAAAGAGACAACUCCUGGUUCUCUCAAGUCUACUCAGGAAAAAGAAAACAUAGAAGAAAAUGCUCAUCUGUCUGCUCAACCACUGGGAAAAUGGAAUUCUGCUUCCUGGAAAAAUCGACGUCAGCGCAAAACCACCCAUCGCUAUUCUGUGAGGGAGGCAAGGAAAUCCCAGCUGUCCACUUCUGAUUCAGAUGGCAAUUCAGAUGAGAAGUCUUCUGUGAUGUUGAAGCCUAGGAGGUCACAAAUCUUGCAGCCUUUUUUAACAAAUUCACCUAAGGAACAGUAUGUAGCAGGUAGAUGUCACUUUCUAGAAGCUGAAGAUGUCCAGAGUUGCAAUAUACAUGUGGACAAUGCCGAUGAGUCCAAACCAAUCAUUCCAGUUCCAGAAAUCAGUUCUCAGGUGUCUGAUGAGCAAGCUGCAGCAUCUGUCAGUUGCCUAGACAAUUCUCCCUUUGAUUUAUGUCUUGUCUUAUUGUCAUUGCUAGAAAAAGUGUGUAAGUUUGAUAUUGCUUUGAACCAUAAAUCUGCAUUGGCAGCGAAUGUUGUGUCCACGCUAACAGAACUGUUGUCAAAACUUGGAGAGUGUUAUAGUGCAAGUAGUGCUGCUGAAAAUGAGGUUGUUUCUUCAAGUUGGACAGAAGAGCCAGUUGCUCUGGUUCAGCGGAUGCUCUUUAGGACAGUGUUGCAUCUUAUGGCAGUGGAUGUUAUCAGUGCCGACUCAAUGCCAGUCAAUUUGAGAAAAAAUAUUACUGAUUUACUUAAAGCAGCAUUAGUAACCAAAUAUUUACUGGAAAAAACACACAAUCCUUUUACUUCACAACAACAGGAAACACUGCAGAAGGAUAUUCAAGAUGACAUUUUUUUCUCAAAGUAUCAUCACAAAGCCCUCCUUUUGCCUGAGUUUGUAGAAGGAGUUCUGCAAAUCCUGAUCUGUUGCCUUCAAAUUGCAGCGUCCAAUCCAAUUUAUUUUAGUCAAGCUAUGGAUCUGGUUCAUGAGUUCAUACAACAUCAGGGAUUCAAAUUGUUUGAAGCUACAGUACUCCAAAUGGAAUGUCUGGUUGCAAGGGACACUAAGAUAAAUGCGGAGGCGCCAGAAUAUCUCAAAGCCCUUAUUAAUAGCAUUAUGAAAAUAAUUAGCACUGUAAAGAAAGUGAAGUCAGAACAACUUCAUCAGUCUGUUUGUACGAGGAAACGACACAGGCGAUGUGAGUAUUCUCACUUUAUGCAUCACCACAGAGACCUCUCAGGAUUACCAGUUUCAACUUUUAAAAAUCAAGUCUCUAAGAGCCCAUUUGAGGAAACAGCUGAUGGGGAAGUUCAGUAUCCUGACCGGUGUUGCUGCAUUGCUGUCUGUGCUCACCAGUGUUUGCGGCUCUUGGAGCAACUUUCUCUUCACAGCACAUGUUUUCAAAUUUUAUCUGGCAUCCAUAAUGUGGGCAUAUGUUGUUGUAUGGACCCCAGGUCUGUCAUUAAUCCCUUGCUCCACUCUUUCAAAUCCCAAGUGUUAAAAAAUUUUCAGCCGCACAUAUUAAGCAUCCUUAAUAAGUUUAUAUUGGACCAAUUGGGAGGAGCCCAGCUUUCUCAGACACUGACUCAGGCCUCCUGCAACAUUUGUACUAUUGACGGGGACCAACUUGCUGAACUGGAUGAGGUUCUUCAUGGCAAUGCUACUGAAGUUGUUUCUGUCCCAAGCUCUUCGGCAACUUACAGAUUUCAAGGAAUUUUGCCUAGCAGGGGAUCUGAAGACAUGUUGCAGAAGUGGGAUGCCUUGGAGGUUUAUCAAAAUGUUGUCUUCCAAGAAGAUGACAAACUGCGUUCUAUGCAGCUAGCUAGUCAUGUGUGUAAUUUGAUCCAAAAAGGCAAUGAGAUUAUUCAGUGGAAACUGUACAGCUAUAUAUUCAGCCCAGUGCUCCAGAGAGGUGUUGAGCUAGCUCAUCUUGCCCAACAACAAGGUGCUGUUAUAACUUUCGAACAGACAGGUAGCUUCCCCAAAAAAUGUUUGCCUGAAGAAGUGCUUGAAAUCUAUUUGCAGACACUGCCAGCACUCUUUAAAUCCAGAAUAAUACGAGAAUUAUUCUUAAGCUGCAAUGGAGUAAAUCAAAUGACUGAACUAAAUUAUUUGGACUGUGUAAGAAGUUAUUCUUUGAAGGUAUUUGAAACAUUAAUAUUUUGCCUUGGAGACCAGCAAACAGAGCAGUUGAUGCCAGACCUAGAUGGCUUAGAUCAUGAGCAAAGGAGAUCUGUGUUAGACCUCGAUGUUUUUGUUCAUCAGCAGCAAGAAACUUCAGACACACCUCAAAGUCUAAGCAAAUUUUAUGCUGGACUCAAAGAGGACUGUCCCAAGAAGAAGAAAUCAGCAAGUCAAGAUGUUCAUGUCAACAUGAUAAACAUAUUUCUGUGUGUCGCUUUUUUAUGCAUCAGUAAAGAAGCAGAUGCUGAUCGGGAUUCAGCUAAUGAUUCUGAAGAUACUUCAGGUUAUGACAGUACAGCUAGUGAACCCUUGAGUCACAGGCUGCCUUGUCUAUCGCCAGAAAGUCUGUCUUUACCUUCCUUGGAACACAUUCACAGGGCAGCAGACAUUUGGUCAAUGUGUCACUGGAUCUAUUUAUGUAGCUCGAUUUUCCAGAGACAGUUCCACAGGCUUGGUGGCUUUGAAGUGUGUCAUCGCUUAAUAGCCAUGAUUAUUCAGAAACUUGCAAUAAAUGAAAUAAAGGAACAACGUGAACAGAGUGGCUCAUCACGGUUGAUCCUCAGUAAUGAGAGAGCUUCAUCAGACCAUGAUAGCCUUGAUGAAAAUCUUGACAGCAUUGAGCACCAUGAAUGGCUUCCCUGUGAGCAACCAGCUACAGAACAAAUAUCAUCUGAAGGCCCAGCAGAAUCAAAAAUAACUAUAAUUCAAGAUAACGAGUGGUGGCUGCACGGGAUAAGACUUUUGGAAGCUCUACUAGCAAUUUGUUUACACAGUACAAAUAAUUUCCAGCAGAAGGCAGAAACAGAAUCCCUUCUCCAGAACGUUACCACUGAAGAUAUAUUAUUUGAAAUGAGAGAUCAACUUACAAAAUCUAAAAUUAUGGAAAGUGGCUUGGUGAAGCCUUUAUUUGAUUCUUUGCUUCGGGUUGCACUUGGAACUUAUUUUGCAGAUCCAGAUCAUUUUGAAGAAAAGAAAGAAAAGAUACAUCAGUCUGAAAAAGAACUUGCACCUCAACCAGGUGACAUAUCUGAAGAAGCAGAAGAGUCACAGUGCUGUGGCUUUAAUUUUUUUGUUGAAGAAGAAGGUUAUGAUGCAGAUAGCGAAAGUAAUUCUGAUGAAAGUGAGAGCCAAGAUGAAGGAAGAGACAUUAAGAGAGAGAAAGGAUGCUUUGGCUUUCCCAGUUUUCCCAGUGACCUAGCUGAACAUCUAGUUCAAGGAGAAUUGAUAUACCCGGAAAUCUGCAUGCUGGAAUUACAUUUACUUUCUAUUGGUAACCCAAGCCUAGAUGUCCUUACUCACGUCUUCCAGAGCUUCUUGAAAGUAAUUAGGUUGAAGGAGAAAAAUGCAACAGUAUUAAUGCAACAGGGUGCUGUAAAAAGUAUCUUGGGGGGAUUUCUUCACAUAUUGACAGAGACAGAUUCCAGUUUUCAUGCAUGUCAAAAAGUACUUGUGGACCUGUUGGUGUCUCUGAUGAGUUCAAGUACAUGUGCAGAAGAACUAACCCUUCUCUUAAAGAUCUUUUUAGAAAAAACACCAUCUACGAGUACACUACUUAAAGGAAUUUUGAAGAUUUUGGAGGCAAAUGCUGACAUGAAGCCUUUACAGCACAUCUCAUUUCCUGUGCAUCAUAUAUCAAGUUCGGGCAGCAGCCCUUCCCAAAAACCCACACUCACUUUCAACAGCAGGGCCUUAGGCCUACUAAGACGGUCAAGGUUUGCACAAACAAAGAAAGAUCCAGAUGGUGAGAGCUUGCCUCACCAUCUUCUUUCUUCUUGGCAUGUUGCUCCAAUCCAUUUGCCUUUGGUUGGGCAAAACUGUUGGCCACAUAUGUCUGAAGGCUUCAGCAUCUCAUUGUGGUUUUGCAUGGAAUGUGCUAGUGCAGCAGACAGUUCUUCGGAGAAAUUAAAAAGAACGAAACGGAGAAGCAAAUUACUAAUUUCACAUGACAGCAGUUUUGAUGAAACUGAAGAAAGUAAAACUGGAGUUGAUUACCUUAAUUUGGGAGACAAACUUUUGGAAGAUGGCUGCCUUCAUAUAUUCUCAUUGGGGUCGAAAACUUUGAUGAUUCAAGUGUGGGCAAAUGUGAACACUGGAGCCUUCAUAUUUCGUAUGUGUAUGGAUCCAAAUGAUGAAAUGAAAGCUGGCUUGCUGGCACAAGUUGAAACACCAGAAAAUACAUUUCUCAUAGGCAAAUGGCAGCAUUUGGCAUUGACAUACUUGCAACAGCCAGAAAGCAAGAAAAACAUCCAUGGAACGUUGUCACUAUGGAUUUCUGGUCAGAGAAAACCAGAAAUAAGUUUAGAUUAUACACUUCCAAGGAAAACAAGUUUAUCAUCUGACAGUAACAAGACGUUCUGUAUGACUGGCCAUUAUGCAGCAUCCCAAGAUGAAUUUUUACAAUUGUCAGGGAGAUGGGAUUUGGGAAAUUUCCUGCUCUUCAAUGGUGCAAAAAUAGGCCCAGAAGAAGCAUUUUAUCUGUAUGCUUCUGGGCCAGACUUCACUUCAUUAAUGCCUUGUAAAUAUGGCAAAUCGACAACUGAUUAUUCUAGAUAUGUAGAUAAAGAAAUUCUGCAAUGUGAACAGAUAAAAGAGCUCAUAAUGACAAAGAGAGAAGUGGACAUUGGACCUUUAAUUGAAAGCCUUGCUAUUGUUUAUAGUACUUGCUGCCCAGGCCACUACACAAUCUAUGAACCAGUAAUCCGACUAAAAGGCCAAGGAAAAACUAUUCCUUCCCAACGACCUUUCAGUUCAAAAGAAGUACAAGGCAAUUUACCAGAUCCUCAUUACCUGAAAAUGCUACAGCCUGCUGAAUACAAAGGUCUUCAGGGCGUACUGCAUGAGAUUGGUGGAACAGGGUCAUUUGUCUUCCUUUUUGCCCGGGUUGCAGAGAUCAGCAGCUGUGAAGAAACACAAGCAUUGGCUUUAAAAGUUAUCCUUGCCUUAACAAAACAUAAUCAACAAAGAAUUAAUGAGCUGGAAAACUGCAAUGGAUAUUCAAUGAUUCAUCAGGUGUUGAUGAAGCCCAAUUGCAUUGUUGGCUUUCAUAUAUUGCAGACUCUCCUUGCAGGUUGCUGCAGUGAGAAGAUGAUUCAUAUGGAUGAGAAUGGGCAAUUCAUCCUUGACGUAGAAACUAAAGCAGUAAUCCAAGAUGUUCAAUUGUUGGAAGAGCUGUUACUUGAUUGGAAGAUAUGGUCAAAAUCCCAGCAAGGUGUCUGGGAAAUGCUGUUAUCCAGUCUAGAAGUACUUAUUCGAGAUACCCAUUGGCAGCAGAUGUUUAACAUUAAGCAACUUCUCAAAGCACGAGUUGUCCCUCAUUUCCUGAGGACAUGCCAGGUUCUACAGGAGCAUAAAGAGGAGUAUCUCACAUCUAUGCCUACAGAGGUUUGCACAUCAUUUGUAAAAAUAAUUGAAGAAGUGCUUGGAUCUCCACCAGAUCUGGAAUUACUGACGCUGAUCUUCAAUUUUCUCGUAGCAGUUCACCCUGCUACUAAUACAUACGUUUGUCAUAAUCCUAGAGAUUUUUAUUUUUCCCUGCACAUAGAUGGUAAAAUUUUUCAAGAGAAGGUUCAGUCAAUCAUGUAUCUGAGAAAUUCUAGCAGUGGUGGAAAAUCUAUUGACAGCCCAGGCUUGAUAAUUACAAGUCAAACUGGAUUUUCUUCUGCCCAUCAAGAAGGACAUUAUUCUUCCGAAACACCUGAACGGCUUUGUAAAAGCCUACCAGCAUCCCCUACUUCCUCUCCUCAAUUGCAUCAAAAAGAAACUUGCGGGAAUACCAUGAGGAGUGUUGACAACCUGUUUGCAAUAAGUGAAAAUGACUUGCUGCAGAAGAAACACUUUGUAAAGAAUUUAGAGGCCUUUAAAAGGAUCCAGGAGGAGCAUUUAAUCAGUAGUUGUGAGUCUGCAAAAACAGUUGUAGAUCUGGAAGUGGCAACGUCUGCUGAAAGGUGUGAUAUUUCAAAGAUAGACUUGGAAGUGUUGGACAAGACCUCAGAGAACCAAGAAGUCGGCCCAGAAAUAAAAUCUAGUGAAGACAGUGUUGCUUCUGAAUCGCCGCUGAGGCGUCCUGAUAUAUUGAACUUUUCAAGUUUUCCUUUCCAAAAAAGUCACGGCAACUUUGCAGGCUUGGGAUUGGCCUUUUCCAUUCAUGGUGGAUCCACAAUUGUUCAUUGGCCAAGUCUGGUGGAUAAGAGUUUACCUCCUGAAGACUGGGAGCAACUUGUCUUUUCUUCAGCUGGGGAGCAGGCUCCUCGAGAAUCUGAAAUCACUUCUGAUAGAUCAACAGAAGAUUGUCUUGUACUCAUAUGCUGUGGUCUUUAUCAACUCUUGCGCAGAGUUCUUUUGAUCUUGCCAGAUGUCAUGCUUCCAGAUGUGAUGGACAAACUUAUACAGCCUGAUGUUCUUGUGGUUCUUGUGAAUCACCCAUCUACUCUCAUACAAGAAGGAGUCAUUAAACUCUUGGACACAUAUUUCAACAGAGCAACCAGGGAACAAAAGGAGAAGUUCUUGAAGAAUCGAGGCUUCUCCUUGUUAGCUAACCAAUUGUAUCUUCACAGAGGAACCCAGGAACUUAUGGAAUGCUUCAUGGAAAUGUUGUUUGGCCGAUCAGCUGGCCUUAAUGAAGAAUUUAACCUAGAUGAAGUAAAAAAUGCAGGACUUUUCCAAAAAUGGUGUGUGAUACCUAUUCUGGGCCUUAUCGAGAAUUCCCUGUAUGAUAGCAACCUGCUGCACAAUUCCUUCUGUUUCCUGCUCCAAAUAAUAAAUUCCUGCUCUAAAAUGGCAGACAUGCUGCUAGAUAAUGGCUUGCUGUAUGCACUUUGUAAUACUUUGGCAGCACUUAAUGGAUUAGAAGCUAACAUCCCCUCUGAUGACUACCGGCUACUUGUGUGUGAUAUACAACAGUUACUUGUAGCAGUAACUAUCCAUGCCUGCAGCUCCUCGGGUUCCCAGUAUUUUCGGAUCAUUGAAGAUCUCAUGGUGUUACUUGGACAUCUUCAGAACAGCCAGAAUGAAAGGACUCAGAAUAUAGCGGUUGCUUUGCAGUUCAGAGUCCUGCAGGCAGCUGUUGAGUUCAUAAAGACUGCAGGAAAUCAAGAGUCUGAAGAUCUCAGCAAUUCCUUUCAUGUACCUGUUACACGUCAUCAGGCUAUAUUUCAAAAGCGCAAGAGUGUUUCUGGUUCAGUUUCAGUGAAAGAUUCCAUUGUUUCUGAUCUGCCAAGACAGUCACAUUCCUACAGUCAACAUCAGAUGCGUUCUUCCAUCAGUCUGUUAAAUUUGGAGUCAUUUCUCCUGUCCCCUCUUGGAUCUACUUUCUGUUCAGUCCCUACAGAAACAGCAUCAAGAAAAUUUUCUCUCGCUCUGUCGGAUACAUUGCUAAUGAGAAUGCGUGCCAUCGCAAGCGAAGAACUCAAUGUGAUGAUGCAACAGAGAAUGAGUCAAGACAAUCCUGUCCGUGCCACUGAAGCAGAAAUGAUACAGAGGCUACAACGAAUCACGGUUCUAGCAACCAACAGGUUUAUGUAUCAAGAACUUUCUGAGAGCUAUCUUCAUAUGAUAGAAGGCUCUGUCCAAAGCAGAAUUUCAGUUUCACAAUUGGACGAGACAGAUAAAGGAGACCAACAGGAGUUACCUACUUAUAAAAAUCCUUUCUUGAAAGAAAUGUUUAAAAUAAUGAUUGAAGGAAUUGGAUUAUCAGUUGGUACCAGCCGGAUAAGCACCCCAAAGCAACAGUGGAAGCGAAUUCUCUUGGCCUGCAAGGAUACAUUUCGAACACAGCUUGGAAGACUGCUUGUGUAUGCUUUGUCUCCAAAACGCUGUCUACAAGAAAGGAAGCAAACACUGGAGAUUUUAAUGGAAAUUAAUCAGCAAGAAAUUUUGAGAGAUUGUCUGAGUCCGACUUUGCAACAUGGGCCCAAGUUGUCUCUCUAUUUAUUUGAGUUAAUUCAUAAUCACAAGGAUGAAUUAACUAGUGAAGAGCAAAUACUAGUGGGAGCAUUUAUGAAUGCAUUAAAACUUUGUGGUUACAAAUAUAUUCCUAUCAAUGCACCACCAAAGCCAGACCUCAUAAAAGCUAUGAAAGAGGACCAAAAGAAAUAUGAGUCAGAAGAAGAUGUAAACAAAGCUGCUUGGGAGAAAACUAUGGCUAAUAACCGGCAAACUCUCUUUCAGCGCUUGGAUGCAAAAUCAAAGGAUAUUUCUAAAAUAGCUGGCGACAUCACUCAGGCUGUGUCUCUGUCCCAGGGAAUGGAAAGAAAGAAGGUGAUUCAGCACAUCAGAGGGAUGUAUAAAACAGACCUAAGUGCCAGCAGGCACUGGCAGGAGCUUAUUCAGCAGCUUACACAUGAUAGAGCACUCUGGUAUGACCCUGCAUCUUAUCCUACAUCUUGGCAACUAGAUCCAACAGAAGGCCCUAACAGAGAGAGGCGGCGUUUGCAGAGGUGCUACUUAACUAUUCCAAAUAAGUACCUUCUUAAAGACAGGCAAAAGGCAGAAGAGAUGAUUAAACCCCCUCUGGCUUACCUCUCUGAAGACAAAACACAUUCCUCUCACUCAUCUACUGUAAAGGAUAAAGCAGCCAGUGAGCAUAUAAGAGUUAAUCGAAGAUGCAUCAAUGUGGCACCAUCUAGAGAGACUCCUGGGGAAUUGCUACUAGGCAAAUGUGGAAUGUACUUCGUGGAAGACAAUGCUUCUGAUACAGUAGAAAGCUCCAGUUUUCAUGGAGAAACAGAACCAGCAUCAUUUUCUUGGACAUUUGAAGAAAUUAAAGAAGUCCAUAAGCGUUGGUGGCAACUAAGAGACAAUGCUGUGGAAAUAUUUUUAACCAAUGGGAGAACUUUACUAUUAGCUUUUGAUAACACAAAGGUGCGUGAUGAUGUGUACCACAACAUUUUAACAAACAAUCUCCCCAACCUCUUGGAGUAUGGAAACAUUACUGCAUUGACCCAUCUCUGGUACACCGGACAGAUUACUAAUUUUGAAUACCUCACUCAUUUAAACAAACACGCAGGCCGUUCCUUCAACGAUCUCAUGCAGUAUCCAGUAUUUCCUUUUAUACUUUCCGACUAUACUAGUGAGACACUGGACCUAAAUGAUCCUUCUGUUUAUAGAAAUCUAAUCAAACCAAUAGCUGUACAAUCCAAAGAAAAAGAAGACCGCUAUGUGGACACUUACAAGUAUUUAGAAGACGAAUACCGUAAAGGAGCUAGAGAAGAUGACCCAAUGCCACCUGUGCAGCCUUAUCACUAUGGAUCUCAUUAUUCCAAUAGUGGGACAGUGCUCCAUUUCCUGGUUAGAAUGCCUCCUUUUACAAAGAUGUUUUUAGCAUAUCAAGAUCAGAGUUUUGAUAUACCAGACAGAACCUUCCACUCCACUAAUACAACUUGGCGCCUUUCAUCCUAUGAAUCCAUGACGGAUGUAAAGGAGCUGAUCCCAGAAUUUUUCUAUCUUCCUGAGUUCUUAGUCAACAGAGAAGGAUUUGAUUUUGGGGUACGUCAGAAUGGUGAACGAGUAAACCAUGUGAACCUCCCACCAUGGGCUCGAAAUGACCCCCGACUUUUUAUCCUGAUCCACCGUCAAGCUUUAGAGUCUGAUCAUGUUUCCCAGACCAUCUGUCACUGGAUUGAUUUAGUAUUUGGGUAUAAGCAAAAAGGGAAAGCUUCAGUUCAAGCUAUCAAUGUGUUUCACCCUGCUACAUACUUUGGCAUGGAUGUAUCGGCUGUUGAAGAUCCUGUUCAGAGAAGAGCCCUAGAGACUAUGAUAAAGACAUACGGACAAACCCCUCGCCAGCUGUUCCACACUGCACAUGUCAGCAGACCUGGAUCCAAACUCAUUAUGGAAGGAGAGCUCCCUGCUGCCAUGGGAUUAUUAGUGCAGUUCGCUUUCAGAGAAACGAAGGAGCCGACCAAAGAGAUUGUUUAUCCGAGCCCUUUACCUUGGAUCAAAGGCUUAAAGUGGGGUGAAUAUGUAGGUUCUCCCAGUGCCCCUGAUCCUGUUGUUUGCUUCAGCCAGCCACAUGGAGAAAGAUUUGGCUCUCUGCAAGCUCUACCCACAAGAGCUAUUUGUGGCUUGUCCCGAAAAUUCUGCCUUCUGAUGAUAUAUAGCAAAGAGCAAGGUGUCAGAAGUAUGCACAGUACAGAUAUCCAGUGGUCAGCUAUCCUGAGUUGGGGUUAUGCCGACAAUAUCUUAAGGCUGAAGAGCAAGCAGAGUGAACCUCCAGUUAACUUUGUACAAAGUUCACAAUUUCAUCAGGUAACAAGUUGUGCUUGGGUGCCAGACAGUUGUCAACUUUUUACUGGCAGCAAAUGUGGUGUCAUCACAGCCUAUAUGAACAGAUUCACAAAUAGUACACCUUCUGAGAUUGAAAUGGAGUCUCAGGUCCAUCUAUAUGGCCAUACUGCAGAGAUCACUAGCUUGUUUGUCUGCAAGCCCUACAGCAUAAUGAUAAGUGUAAGCAAAGAUGGAACCUGCAUCAUAUGGGAUUUGAACAGGUUGUGCUAUGUACAAAGUCUCGCUGGACACAAGAGCCCCGUAACAGCAGUGUCUGCUAGUGAAACCACAGGGGACGUUGCAACAGUUUGUGAUUCAGUUGGUGGCGGCAGUGACCUCAGACUGUGGACAGUGAACGGGGACCUUGUGGGGCAUGUGCACUGCAGAGAAAUCAUAUGCUCCGUUGCCUUCUCUAACCAGCCUGAAGGUGUCUCUAUCAAUGUGAUUGCUGGGGGGUUAGAAAAUGGGGUUGUCCGGCUGUGGAGCACAUGGGAUUUGAAACCAGUCCGGGAAAUUACAUUUCCUAAAUCAAAUAAACCUAUUGUGAGCCUUACCUUUUCCUGUGACGGACAUCACUUGUAUACGGCAAAUAAUGAAGGAACUGUUAUUGCUUGGUGCCGCAAGGACCAGCAGCGCUUGAAGCUCCCCAUGUUCUACUCAUUCCUGAGCAGCUAUGCAGCCGGCUGAUGACGCUUCAUGCGCCUUGGUCUUGGCCACUUUUGAAGCACUUUCAGAUCACAGAGCCUCUCUGGGUUUUAAACAGAUUUUAAGAGUCACUAAGCAAGACAGUGACAAAAGGCUUUUGCAUAUGCUCAUGCAUCCAACUUGAUAAACCAUAUCACAAUUGUAGGAAAGGUCUGCACUGCUUUUUUUGGUACCCGGAGAACAAAUAGAUGGCUGCGCUGUAACCCAGAAGUUUAAAUGCUGCAAUGUAUAAUGUAAAAAUAUUUUUACACAUCAUUCCAUGGACACACAUAUUAUAAAUCCUGAAGCACUAGCAAUGACUUUUGCUCCUUUGUGAUGUAAAAAUAGAAUUAAAAAUUUCAAAGAUUUAUUUAAAAAA